AACCAACUUAUUAUUUUGGAAAAGGCAUUGCUACCAUGGUACUAUAGUGGGAUGAACAAUUAGUUCAAUCAAAUUUUAUUUUUAGUCCAUGUUGCACCCAUAAUUCAGUUACACUUGGCAUUUUAAAGACCUUGAUUCUUUCUUUGUCAUUUUUGUUUUAUUUUUGGCAUGUUACUCUUAAUGUUGCAUAUGUAACCUGGCUGAGUUUGAGGGAGAAUGUGUGGAGCGAGAGAGAGAGAAAAUCUCUCUAAAUCUCAAUCUCUCUCACUGUAUACUUUUGGAGUUUUGCCUCCUGCUGGUGUCUCUGGCCACCAGGGAGGACGGUAGGCAUGUCUGCUUCUCUCUUUUUGUCCUUUUUCCUGUUGGAGGAGGGAUCCUUGUCUCUUCCAGGUUUUGUGACUUAUAAGAGCUUAAGAUGGUGGAGUUUUUUCAGCUGUGGUGAGCUGUUUUGGCGAAUCACUUUUGAAGGUUGUAUCCAUGUGAUUUUUUGGGUCAUUUGGUUCAUGGAGGUGGAGGGGUGCAGGUUGAAAGAGGUGGUGAUGUUGAUGGGGUUGAGAGAGGAAGGUGGUGAAAAUUGUGGUUGUGAGGUUUUUUUGGUGGUGGAGCUUAUGGUGGAUCUAGAGAUUGCGUAUGUGGUAGCCUUGAAUUUGGAGGUUUUUGGGGUGAUAGAAGUUUGGGAGAGGAUGGUGGCGUUUGGUGUCAGUUUUCCAGCAAGGUUUAAGCAUGAAGAAGGUUGGAGGACGGUGGCCAAUGGUGUUUACUGUAGCAAUGGUGAUGCAAAGCAACGUGCUUAGGAAGGUAGACAAAUAGUGUUGGUGGCCUUGAGUUGUGUAUUUGAUUUUUUUUUUUCCCACAAAAUUUUAUGGUUUUGUCUGCACACUGAGGUUUUGUUUUUUUUUUUUUU